GGUGAGAGUGAAAUCAUCCAAGGACCGCAGAGAUUUGUCUGUCAUAUCACGAGCUUUCUCUAGCUUCGCUUUGACUUGGUUGGCGAAGUCGUCAAAGUCACGACCAUCGUGGCCAUUGAAAAGAACCUUGCUUGUCUGGAUACGAUGGGAGAAGUAGGUAUAGUCAGGGCCAAUGUGGUUACGGACCUUGACCAUGAUAUCAACAGCUCCAUCCUCGAUAUGAGUGCAGCCACCGCUGCCCUCCAGGCCAGCGCAAGACUUGUGACGCUUGUCAAACUUGCGCUUCCAGGCGUCAACUGGAUCGAUGAUUAGAUUUGAGACACGAGUAGUCAGUUCUUCACCGAGCAGGAGGGGUAGAGGUGAGGGCUGACGACUGUCAAUCUUGAUAGAAGCAUUCCGGUUCUCUGGAUAACGGGUAGCGCAACGGCUGCGCAAGAAAAGCUCAAUCGAAUACCCAGAUACAAACUCGAAUUUUUGCGUGUCGCUAACAAAAUGAGAUCGGGGGAUGCAUGCCAUGGAUUGAGGCCGGCCGGUGCACGGCCGGAAGGUCUCGGACUCGGGACUGGUAGCUUCAGACUCAACGGACUCGGACCAUUGGAAUCCGGGGUCGUGCCGCACUAAAAAGAGACCAAUGAUCCGGUCGGUAGCGGCGACAACCUCGCGAGCAUCGUCAUGUGUCAACUCAUACUCUUGGAAAGAACGCAAUGACUUUUCUACGAGAAUAAGGCCAUCACGCUCAACACGGUACGUGAUACGAUAACGCAAUGGCUUAACGUCACGAUGUGGCUUGCGAAGCGGGUCGAGAGCGUUACUAUCGUGGCGUGUGAUAAGCUCAGAAGAGCAAUGCUGCAGGCGCGAAAGCAAAGCUUGGCAAAUGCGAUCGGUAGCUUUCAGCUGGGGGGAGGCUUCAUAGUCGCGAACAUGCUCAGAACCAUGAGGAGACUCGAAUCUGACCUGGACAUGCACCCGAAGCCCAGGUUUAGCAACUUUCUGAGAAGGUGAAGGGGAUGCUGGCGGUGAUGGUGAUGGCAAGGGAGGAAUUGAGGACUGCGACACAUCUGAGUGUCGGUUCCUUCUCCUGCUUAAGAGGGGGAAUCGGCGCUUGGUACUUGAGAGGGAGAAAGAAGGUGAAGAUGUGACAGAAUGGCCGUCGGCCGAGUUGCUUGACCUUCUGAGAGGCAUGUUUGGCCGAUGUCGUUGAGAACCGUUUCCCUAAAUUUUCGUCUGCCGUUCAAGAGGGCGUAUAAGUCGAGAUUUUUGGUGCUCAAUGGCACAAAGGGUCCAUUGGGAACCGCGCUGUUGUAUAUUGGCGUCUUGAGGCAGUGAGAUCGUCCACAGAUACUGUCGAUUGGCAACAGGAGAAGCAACAGGGAAAGAUGUCGAGGAAGGAAAAGAUUGAAGCCGUGAGGUCGGGCGCAACGAAAAGCAAAGGCCACGGCAAGGAACUCGGCGGCGGGGUCACUGAUUGCAACCUGGGAGUGAUCGACUAAACCGCAGGCGCAGGCGGAGUCCAAAAGUCUUGGAUACUUGUUCGGUAAGUCAGACUCAGACGGCAAGUCAACGGAAUGGAUCAAUGAGCGGCAGGGCGUUUCCAAGGAUGUGCGUGCGUUGGCGCAAGUUGAAUGGAACAUCAACUGUGUCCGUAUACGGGCAAAGAUCCUAUCCUAUGGUAGCCGUGUAAGGAAAGAGAAAAGCUGUGGCUGGUCAAGCUAAGUAGUAGAAGCACUAAUGCUUGUGAGGAUCGCGAAUAGCAAAAGAUGGGUUUUCACUGGUGACUAUAAGGUGGGAGGGGAACCGCCUGCCACGGCGCAUGAAGCACGGCGGGUCUUUUUAAAGCUCUGGCUUGGUGUUGCUCUCCAUCCAUACGUGCUUCCGGCUUCCAUGGACGAUGCUCUUGGAGUUGGCCCAUGGAUCGAUUCUCCCCAGGUCAGAGUGCCCAGCACCCGGCGCAUACGGUGGUGUCUCUGGCAAAGUGGACUGUCAUCUUGUCAUGAUCCAACACUUCUGUACCGGGACACGCCGGGCUGGAGGGGUCCCCCGGUGUUGGCUCUUCUUGGACCCCGUAUGUUCCUCGUAGGCAAAGGCUGGGAUCAUGCCACGGCCCUGGGCUUGGGUGUGUCCAUGCUUGGCUAGAUGCUGGAUUCUGCCCGCUGAGAUGGAGGGAGAGCAGAGACCCUGCUCCUUGCCGUUUAAAGUAACGGUUUGGUGGGCAUGGGCAUCUUGAUGAUAGCGAUGGCGUGAUGUUUUCGUUUAUUUAAUUGACGAUCAAUCAGCUUCUGGAA